GGGGCCGGAGCCCGGCCAUGGCGGCGGCGGGCGCCGAGGGGCGGCGCGCGGCUCUGGAGGCGGUGGCAGCGCCGGAGCGAGGCGGCGGGAGCUGCGUGCUGUGCUGCGGUGACCUGGAGGCUACGGCGCUGGGUCGCUGCGAUCACCCGGUGUGCUACCGGUGCUCUACCAAGAUGCGGGUGCUGUGCGAGCAGCGCUACUGCGCCGUAUGCCGCGAGGAGCUACGCCAGGUGGUCUUUGGGAAGAAACUCCCUGCCUUUGCUAUGAUCCCCAUUCAUCAGCUCCAACAUGAGAAGAAAUAUGACAUCUAUUUUGCAGAUGGAAAGGUGUUUGCGUUGUACAGGCAGCUGCUACAGCACGAGUGCCCACGGUGCCCUCACCUGCCACCCUUCAGCCUCUUUGGGGACUUGGAGCAGCACAUGCGGAAGCAGCAUGAGCUCUUCUGCUGCAAGUUGUGCCUCAAGCACCUCAAGAUCUUCACCCAUGAGCGCAAGUGGUACUCACGCAAGGACCUGGCUCGACACCGUAUGCAGGGUGACCCUGAUGACACAUCCCAUCGGGGACACCCACUCUGUAAGUUCUGUGACGAGCGCUACCUGGACAAUGAUGAGCUGCUCAAGCACCUGCGUCGCGACCACUACUUCUGCCACUUCUGUGAUGCCGAUGGGGCCCAGGACUACUAUAGCGAUUAUGCGUACCUGCGUGAGCACUUCCGGGAGAAGCACUUCCUAUGUGAGGAGGGCCGUUGCAGCACUGAGCAGUUCACCCAUGCCUUCCGCACUGAGAUUGACCUCAAGGCUCACAAAACAGCUUGCCACAGUCGCAGCCGGGCCGAGGCACGCCAGAACCGUCAGAUUGACCUUCAAUUUAGCUUUGCACCACGGCACUCACGCCGGAGUGAGGGAGUCGUCAGUGGUGAGGACUACGAGGAGGUGGACAGGUACAACCGCCAGGGCCGAGCUGGCCGGGCCAGCGGGCGUGGAGCCCAGCAGAACCGCCGGGGAAGCUGGAGGUACAAGAGGGAAGAAGAAGACCGAGAAGUAGCAGCCGCUAUCAGGGCCUCUGUGGCUGCCCAGCAACAGGAGGAGACUCAGAGGGUUGAGGACCGGGAGGAGGGUAGCAGGCCCAAGAAAGAGGAAGCAGCAGUCAGGGUGCCCGAGGAAUCCCGUGGCCACCGGCGUCUGCCUCGGGCUCAGGGUGAAGGCACAGGCUCCAAGGAAGCCUCAACAAACGGUCCUGUAAGCCAAGAAGCCUUCUCAGCCACAGGCCCAGGCCCAGUGGUUGCCCCCUCAAAUACCCUCCCACCACCCAACCCCAAGCUCAAGGAUGAAGACUUCCCCAGCCUCUGUGUCUCCACCUCCUGCUGCACAGCGGUUACCCCAAGCCCUGUAGGCUUGCCACUGGCUUAUCCUCCUCCCAGGGGCAAGAACACCUUCCAGGAAGAGGAUUUCCCUGCUCUGGUUUCCUCCGCACCCAAGCCCAGCAGUGCCCCAUCCAGCCUCAUCUCAGCUUGGAAUAGCAGCUGCAGCAAGAAAGGGAACCCACCCACCCCAGGGGCCCAGGCUGUAGUUGGUAGCAGCCAGCCUUCCCGGAAAGCAGGGAAAGGGAGCAGGGGUGGCAGGAAGGGUGGUCCAGCCCCAGUGGAUGAGGAUAGUGGUGGCCUCACUGUGCAGGAGCUGCGGAGUGUGCCCACCACAGUGGCCGUCUCUUCUUUGCUGGCACCAGUUGCCAACCAGAAUUCAGCCAAGGUUGGCAAGAAGAAGAAGAUGGGCUCUGAGAAGCCUGGGGCCACAUCAUCCCCACUGUUGCCCCCUGAUCAUACCCCAAAGCCUUCUGGGGCUGAGCAGGUCCCCGAAGCCCCUUUGAGCAAAGCUGAAGUGCCAGUAACCAUCGUCAAUGGACAUUCAGAGGGCUCAGCCCUGGCUUGGAGUAUCCCAAAGGAACCUCCAGGCCUUCCAAGGCCCCUAGGUCCCCUCCCCUGCCCCAUACCACAGGAAGACUUUCCAGCUCUCGGAGGCCCUUGUCCACCCAGGAUGCCUCCUCCCCCAGGCUUCAGCACCGUGGUGCUCUUGAAGGGCACACCACCUCCACCCCCACCCCCACCAGGCCUGGUGCCUCCCAUCAGCAAGCCACCCCCUGGCUUCUCUAGUUUCUUGCCCAGCUCCCACUCAACCUGUGUUCCUAGUACUACCACCACCACCACUACCACCACCACCAUGAAAGCGUAAGUGGGGUGGGCUGCCUGACCUUUUGCCAUCGGGAGCUAGUGGGAGGGUGCAACCUAAGCCACCCUAAAGACUCAAGCCUCCUCAUCUGACCUCAGACCCCGGCUAGCACCCACACCAGGAGCCUACUUAGUUCCUGAGAAUUUCCGGGAGAGAAACCUACAGCUCAUCCAGUCUAUCAAGGACUUUCUGCAAAGCGAUGAGGCCUGCUUCAGCAAGUUUAAAAGCCAUUCGGGAGAGUUCAGACAGGGGAUGAUCUCUGCAGCUCAGUACUACAAGAGCUGCAGGGACCUGCUUGGAGAGAACUUCCAGAAGAUCUUCAGUGAGCUGCUGGCCCUCCUGCCAGACACAGCCAAACAGCAGGAACUGCUGUCUGCGCACACUGACUUCUGCAGCCAUGAGAGGCCUCCCAGCUCCAAAUCUAAGAAAAACAAGAAGAAUGUGUGGCAGACCAGCACCCAGCAGUUGGGCCUGGACUGCUGUGUGUGCCCCACCUGCCAGCAGGUACUGGCACACGGCGACAUCAGCAGCCACCAGGCACUGCACGCUGCCCGGGACGAUGACUUCCCCUCCCUUCAAGCCAUUGCCAGGAUCAUCACGUAGCUCCUGCUGGUGAGAGCAAGAGCUGUCGCACCCUAGCGCCUCCUUUCUCCUUCCUUCCUCUUCCCAGCUGCCUGGCAGCUAGGAGGGCCCUGGGAGGGCUGCGGCUCGGGCCUCCUGGUGAGCCAGGCCUGCCAGGUGGACGUCAGGAAAGGUCUGCCCUGUGCACCAUCAUGCAUAAGUUCUGUCCCGUGCUUGGCUGAGGGUCAGUCUUGGUUUGUGAUCUUAUGGUUUUGGAGUGUGCCAGGGGAGGGAAAGGCUAGGAUGCUAGGACCUGAGCUAGAGGCCUCAGUGGCCUGAAGAGCGUUCUCCUGAGUCGAGCCUAUAGCCCCAGAGCUGACAGCUUCGGGUCCACUGGUGCUGGAGUCAGAUGUCAAGUGUGUCGUGUAAACAAUUGGCUGUUUCAUAGAGAAUGUUCCAGAUUAAAAACAGACACAAAAUUGUGCUACUUGAAGUUCAAUCUUUUUACAAGACAAGUUAAAUCUAAGAUCUCAAAUUGCCUCUGACAUUUUAUAAAAGACAGUUUAUCUUCAAAUAAAUUUAUUUUGCAGUACUGCA